GCUCUGAGCCCCGUCCGAGUUUCCCGGGUGACCCCAAAAUCCCGGGACCCCUGUGGAGAAGCAGCCAGGGGGCCCUCUUUCUCAGCAGCCAGCCCCCCACGAAAGUGCAUCCGGCUCCCCUCAGAGAGACCUCCGGGCCGGUGGGCAACGUCUCCGCGGCUCAGGGGUCAUCUGUGCAACCGGCCCGGGCCAAGGAGUCUCAACUGGUGCUCCACGCUCUGCCCCCCACAUGGGCCCGGCAACCCACGUGGGAGCCCAAAACCUGGCCAGUUCUCUGUCCCGGCUGCUCCCGGCGGACGGUGAGAGAGAUGGUGGAGAGUGAUUCGCCCCCGGACCCCGGCACUGAAGCUUCCUCGGCUGCCCCACGCGGGGCAUCCCUGGGUCGGGCGGAAGAUGGCACCUGGAGGCUUUUCGACCGAGGCAAAGCCGGGCCCGGCAGCCAGGAAGACGUGGGCAGUGGAGACCCCCACGCGAAGACGCCCCUGAAUCCCGGAUGGGCCACGGCACUCCCCCCGCACGAUUUCGAUCCACUCGGUCGCGACAACGCCGAGAGGGAGCUGCUGCUUGACCCCACGCGAUCCACGCACCCCCCACAAGCGGCUGAGACCCUGCGAGGAGCCGGCGGUGCCCAGGGUGCCCGCCCGACAGAAGAGCUGUCCAGCCGCACCCCGAACCUGGAGACCCUCCGCUCCGUGGCACCUCCCGUCGUCAGAUCUACGCAGACCCCUUCUUCUGAUCCACUGGCCUCGGAGAUCAUCGACAUCGAUUACUAUGACCUCUUCGACGGGGGGGCCUUGCGUGGGCCUGGCUUGGACUCGACCAAGUCGAAGCCGUCUGUGGACAAAGGGGUCUCGUGGCCCUUCCGCGACCUUUACGAUGAGUUCAGCCCAUUCGACGAGUCGGAUUUUUACCCCACAACCUCCUUCUACACUGAUGGCGAUGAGGAAGAGGAGCCAGAGGAGGAGGAGGAAGAGGAGGAAGAAGAAGAGGAAGAGGCAGGGGCUGCAGAGGAAGAGGAAGAGGGGAAGGACCCCUGGGCCCCCACGCCCACACCCCCUAAAGUCCACAGCAAACUCCCUGGCACAGAGCCCACCGUCCGCCGCUUUCUUCUCCCCCCGUUGCAGACUUUCGUCGUUUCGGGGGGACGAACCAUUGCCGGACCAGUUUCGGGGGAUCCGGCCCGGGAAGUCAGCAUCCCAGAGAAUAGCACCGAAUGCCGUAGCGGCUACACGCGACACAACGCAACUUGCAAGUCAGUUUGCGACACCUUCCCAAGCUACUGCCACAACGGGGGGCAGUGUUACCUAGUGGAGAACCUGGGCGCCUUCUGCAG